CAUGGUCCAAGCAUAAGAAUCACACAAAACCCACACGCCAAAAUUGCCCAGACACUGAAAAACCCUUUCAGUAAACCCAAACACAGCUGCAACGUCGUACGACGACGUUUUCUGGAUGUCACCCUCACAAUCCUAAAACAUGUCAACACCUUCCAUCUCCAGAACCCUAGCUAAAAAUCUCCGGCAGCGACUAACUCCGGCGAUCCCUCCUAACUGGGCCCCACACUCAUCCCCGAUUUCCACCUCCGCCGCUGCCAUCUCCGCCGAACCUCAACCAGAACAAGAGAUAAAAAGAAGAUCAACAUGGUCAAAGCUAUUGCUUUUUAUACCGGGAGCCAUGACGUUUGGCCUCGGCACUUGGCAAAUCUUCAGAAGACAAGAAAAGAUAAAAACGCUGGAGUAUCGGCAGAGUAGACUAGAAUUGGAACCACUUAAGGGAAAUGAUAUUGUGCCGUCCAAUGGGAGUUUGGAUUCUCUGGAGUUUAGGAGAGUACAAUUUAAAGGAGUUUUUGACGAUAAAAAGUCGAUAUAUGUGGGCCCACGCUCAAGGAGCAUUUCUGGCGUGACUGAAAAUGGAUACUACCUCAUAACUCCCCUUGUUCCUUUCCAUGGUGAUCCCGAAAGUGUACAGUCACCCAUACUAGUCAACAGAGGAUGGGUCCCACGGAGCUGGAGAGACAAGGCAUUAUUAAACGUGCCUGAAGACGAACCACCGGCAAAAAGUAGCUCAUCCGCGUCAAUUCAAGAAAGUGCUAAGGUUUCUUGGUGGCGUUUUUGGUCUAAUGAUAAGCAAGAAGUUGUCGAGGAGAAUCUUCUUCCAUCCGCUACUCCUGUCGAAGUGAUUGGAGUUAUACGAGGUAGCGAGAAUCCUAGUAUAUUUGUUCCUGCAAAUGAUCCGAAUGCCGCUCAGUGGUUUUAUGUGGAUGUUCCUGCACUUGCUCGUGUUUGUGGACUUCCGGAGAACACAUUAUACGUUGAAGAUAUUAAUGAACAUGUUAAUCCAAGCAGCCCAUACCCAAUACAAAAGGACGCUAUUACGUUAAUUCGUAGUUCGGUUAUGCCACAGGACCAUCUAAACUACAUGCUGACAUGGUACUCGCUUUCGGCUGCAGUAACUUUCAUGGCUGUUAAGAGACUGAAGCCAAUAAAGAGCAGGAGAUAAUAACAGCUUGUUCUUUUUUUCUCUCUUCCCACAUUGGGUAUUUGCUGUCACAAAAUCUCGUCCGACUUGGGCAAAAACGGUGGGGUUGCCUAUGUUAAUUGCCAGUCCUUAUUCUUUGUCAGUUGAGUUCUUCAAUCUGCAGAUUCUUAUACUCACUACGACAUUAUUCUGGACAAUUUUACCCCUCCAUCCGAUGCUCUGCUGAACUAAGAUUAUUUACAAGGAGCAGAUAGUUGAUUAUUAAGUCGCGUUUGUGCGAACUAAACUAUAAACAUACAUACAGGUGAAGUGGCUAAUAAAAACUUCACCCCCAGUUCUUUUGUGGCUGUGCUCUAGUAUACUUUUACGUACAUUUUUUAAGUUGCUCUGUUGGUCACUACUCCCCGUUUCUUUCAUAUUCGUAGGAUGCUAAGAGACAAUUGAAAGAACCAUAAUUAAUCGGAUAUUUGUGACUUCGAUAUGGUUAAUGGAUGAACGUCGAGGCAAUUUUGUUCAUCA